AUGCCGAAAUCGAUGUGGAACGUUCUGAGUCGCGAUCGUGACCGCGACCACGACUUUGAACCAUGGUUUGCAUAUGAAGCUCGCCGGCCCGGAGCAGUAGAGCGCCUUCAGGAUAAGAAGAAGCGGAACAAGGUAUGUAACUUCUUUUCUUGCUUCAACUCGUCUGUGAUCACGAGGAGGAAGGUGAUUCGCCGGUUCAUGCUCGUGAGUUCAAUAUAUAGAGAUCUAGCCCAUGGGGCGCACAAAUUUGGGCUUGAUUUGCCCGAACGCAGAGUGGAUGCAACUGCACGAUUUGAAGAAAUCCUACAGACUACUGAUUCUUCGGUUGUCGAACCACACAUGUUUCAAGGAGGCGAUGAUUCGCUGAAGCUGAAGCUGAAAGAAAUGUUGCUGAGUGUUGGAAAUGACGGGGACUGCUCCUUCGUUGGCAUAUUGGGAAGGGGGGGCGCUGGCAAAACAAUACUCGCUCGGGUGAUUUUCUAUGAUCAUGAGGUUGUGAAUCAUUUUGAUGUGAGGAUAUGGGAAGAUGCCCAAUCACUUAAAGAGUGCUUGUAUGCGCUAGGCGGUUGUAAAGGAAGCAAAAUAUUGGUAACUACUCGUUCAGAACGAGCUGCUGAGUUGCUGCAACCCGGGUCAAGCUAUCGCGUAGUUCCUCCGGAAGAAUAUUGCUUGAAAUUGUUUCGGCAAAUAGCAUUUGCCCCAGGUGGUCCAGAAAUGACCACAACACUGAAGGAAACGGGUGAAGUGAUAGUAAGAAAGUGCCGAGGUCAUCUGCUGGCGAUAAAAACCAUAGGAGGUUUGUUGUACACCAAGAAAGAUGAAGAAGAGUGGAACAGUAUAGCUACAAGCGACACAUGGCAUAUUGAUGAUCCUAUCCCUGGUGCCUUGCUCUUGUCCUAUACUCAUUUGCCUUUAAUCUCGUUAAAACAAUGUUUCCUUUAUUGUUCUACUUUCCCAAAAGGCUCUGUCAUGGAAAAGGAUGAACUCAUACAACUCUGGAAUGCACAAGGAUUGCUUAAUCCACCCCAAGGACGUCGUUUGAGCGAGAAAGUUUUAGGGGCCAAGUUGUGA